AUGAGCAUCUUUUAUCAUGAAGAAGAGCCACCAAAUCCUUCCAAAAGAUGCAAAUUUCUUGCUGCUUGUCUCACAGAUGCGUUUUCCAAUUGCCAUAUUGGCAGACGGCUUCCAACUUCGAGCCCAGAUGCAGAGGAUCAGUACAUAACAAGUGACUUUGAUGAGGAACAGGAAGUAAUUGUAUCAGCAAUUCGAAGUGCUGCAAUGGAAAAGCUGAGGCGCAAGCCUAGCAGUUUGACAGAUAGUUUUUCAUUUGUCUACUCUUCAAAAUCAGGAGAUUUAUUCAUAAGCCAGAAAGGAGUACAAAACAAAAAGGAUCAUGGUGAAGAAGAUGAUGAGAAAGAAGAAUUUUUAUCUGUUAAAAGUUGCUUCUCUUGCUGCUCAACUGCUGCCACAAGUAGGGAUGUGUUUCUUUCUGUCAAGACAAGUUUGUCCCGCUGUUCGAGCCUUAAUGGGAUUGAUUUUAAAGAUUUUCCGAGGCAGUCUAUAAUUCAGCAAUUCCGUCAUUGUGAGGGCUGGCCGUUUGGUCUUUGCCGGAAGGCUGUGUUGCUUCCACCUCUGCCCAAGUCGCCGUCUGAGUCGUGGUCAUGGCGCAAAGGCACUAAAUAUGUCAAGAUGGUUUAA